AUGCAAUCCGAGCCUACUGCCGUAUCCGAAAAGACGUCUUUCCCAGAUCCACCCCGCGCAAACCCCAAUCCUACCCAGCAUGGAAAUGUUUCUGAAGCGAGCCCAGUCUCUGGUCUUCUCCCUGAAGAGAAGUCUGGAGGCUCGGGAGCGCCAGACGGGUCGACUUCCACAGAGACCGACGAUACGCCCUUGAACAAUCUGGGUGAUGUUGUGUCAACCCCGCCUUCGGCUCAACGGGUGAGCCAGCAUGAAAAUGCUGGGACUCCAAGAAAGAGAGGGGCAAACCAUGGGUUUCAAGUUGUGGCCAGUGAUGAGUCUACACUCCCUUUGGAGACACUUCCAAAUGAGGUUCUUACUCACAUCUUGUCGCAUCUGCCACCGCAAUCUCUCUCCGCAAUCACCUUGGUGUCUCGUCGAUUCCAUGCACUCGUCACAACCCCACAUGCCUGGAGAAUCGCUUUCUCGCGGUUCUUCCCAGGCCCUCAAAGCGUGGUGGAUGCGCGCCAUCUGGACCAAGAUGAUUUAGUCUCGGAUAGACGGUAUUUCGCGCGACUGACCGCACUCGCGUCUUGGCGUAGCGAAUACAUCCUACGAACUCGCCUGAUGCGGUCGUUAGCUCGAGGCAAACCAGCGGAUUUCCAGCCAUCGAAAAAGAAUGGCACCGUUCGCGCGGUAGCCUCGCGCAAUGGAAGUGCUAUCGCAACAUACACUUCACAGCUGGUGCUCCCCGUCAGCCAUCUCCAUGGAUCCUUCAAAACUUCUGACAAAGAACCGCGUUUUAUUCAUGGCGCUUCUGAACAAGGCAUCGCCUCAGCGAGUGACCCGUCGACCGUGAAGGUGGGCACCUGGGGAUUAUCAGAUCACCAGAUGUUCCGACACUUUGCGGACAUGUUCCCCGGAGAUGCACCGUAUGGUCUCGGAGCCGGGGAGAUGGUCGGUACUUCCAACUCCAUGGAUGUGAGCCAGCCUUAUGGCAUGAUCUAUGGUGAGGGAUGUCCCCUCGGCCGCAGCUACUUCAUCUCAACUACGGAGAAGCGUGGCCGGUUCUUAGGACUUUCGGAGUUGGGUUCUCACCCACAGCUUGGAAUUCCCGCAGUGAAUAUGAUCACUCAUGCCGUUUGCUCCGUAUGGAUUGCCAAGUCUUCCUCGGUCCUUAAAACGACUGGAGGUAUUGUCGCCAUGAUGUCAGGUUCAUCUUCUGGUUUACUGACAACAUAUGCGCUUGGCCCUCAUCCCACAUACGAGAGGCGGUACGAGGAAGGACAGGUAACUGCCAGAUGGGUCUUGUGCCCAGGCGUGCCGAUUAUCGGCAUUGCUGUUGAUGAGAGUUACUCGCCGAGGCGUCACUCCCGUCGACGAAUUUGGGCCGUUGUCUUGAACGCGCUGGGUGAAAUCUUUUACCUUGAAGAUCUUCCACACGCGCAAGACAUUCCACCAACGGCAAAGUUGACACCCGAGCAGUCUGACGAGCAGGCUUGGAAGACUGGUCGCACGGUCCGCUGGGAGCUUGUUGAAGCGAGUCGGCGCAUCGCUCGCCCAGACCCCUUCAACCGAGAACUGGUCGAUGGAAGCUAUACCCCGCGAUCUUCCUCGGAUUUCAUGCAACUCAAUGAAAGCCAGAUUGCCGCAGAAACGAAAGAAAUUGAAAAUUAUCUUUCUUUCAAGCCGAAACAUUUCCGCAAGGUUUGCGAGGGCUGGAACAUGCGGCGCGACUUGCAAGUCGAUUUUGCGGGUGAUGAUGGACGUGGGUCUGGGGAGUCGGUGAUUGUUAUUGCCCGAGGCGCGGAUGAAGCCGAGAAAGCAUCCGUCCGACGAUAUGUUCGAGCUGCGUCUAGCUUUGACCUAAAAUCCUCACCGGGAACGCCAGGCCACGAACAACAUCGCUCUCUAUUCGGCGGGCCGGUUGGAGCAUCAACUCCAAGUAGCAUUCCAGCCUCUCGACCCUCAUAUGAGGUGAAUGAUGUGGCGAAUAACGCUGAAUGGAAGAUCUCGAACUUUGUAUUCGAUGACCGCAAAUCGAUUGAAGUGACUACCACCGCCUUAGAUAACUCUUUGUUUGCGACCGUCACCGCGGAAGAGGAUCCUUUGCUCGCAAUGUCUGGGAGUUCAUUCUCGUCUGCGACUUCAUCCCCGAUGCUGCCUCAUAUGGACCAGCCGCGGACAGCAUUGGAGGUCCCAGGACAACGAGCCAGAUAUCUGGCCGUGGGAACGGCGAGCGGCACAAUCUAUGUUUGGGAUAUCCGUGCACUGGCUGCGCAAAGAGCAGAUGUGAUAAAUUCCAUUGCUCCGCUUCGGAUUAUCCAAACCGAGUCGCCCCAAGUCUCUUGCGUGGCACUGACAUCGCUAUAUCUGGUGCAUGGUGGCAACGACGGUCUCGUACAGGCGUGGGACCACCUGGCCUCGUCUACUCGGCCAAUCCGAACCAUUAAUUCUCGUUUCUCAACCCGUGCUCGCCGCCGGCUGGUCCAGGCAGAGGCCACCAUGCUUGGCGUGGGGAAUAAUUUCUUCGCUGCGGGCGCUAUUUGCCUAGACCCAGAUCCAACAGUUCUUAGGGGCAUGGUUUCCCUCGGUACUCACCUGCGCUACUGGUCGUACAGUUCAUCUGGCGCCGAUCAGUACAAGGGCACUAAGCGCCAGCUUCGACGCGGCCUUCGCGGUAGUAACGAGGCUAAUAGCGGUCAACGUUUCACGUCGAGUGGACGCGGAGCAAUCAAUGACUUCAUCGAAGACGAACGGAUCGAAAUCAAGCGGCAGGAGAUCGAAGAUGCCAGGGAGCAAGCCCAUCUCAGCGCACGCUUUGGAGUGGAUCUUCUUGGUCCUGACAUUGACGAAGAACAACUGCUUCUCUACGCCCAACUUUUGAGUCAGGAAGCCCAUAGUGGAGCUGAGGCAGACACGCAAAAGCGCGACGAUACCGCCAUUGCGAGCUCCCUCGGCACUUCAUACAGUGAUCCGGCUGGGCCUAGCUCCUGCGGCUUCGACGAGCUGUCGUCUUCCUCAUCGCCCUAUCAAAAUGCCGUUGAUGACGACGCCGUGGACGACGAUUUGGCCGAAGCCAUUCGUCUGAGUCUUCUCGAGGAGAAGGCUGCGGACCCUUAUCCUUCUGUCGACUUGACGCCUUCUAUUCCGAUCAAGUACGCAAAGGGCGUGAGGAGGCGCUCUUUAUCACCAUCCCCGUCGAUGACUGGUCCCGAGAGCAGUCAGCAAAAAGAGAUGGAUGAUCUUGAGUUUGCUAUUCAGCUCAGCUUGGCCGAGGAUCAAAGCCGUGAUGUUCAAGAGUGGGAAGAAUUUCCUGCUCUGGCGUCGGGGCAUUUGUCAUCUUCUCAGUCCUCUGGGAAGGGGAAGGGCAAGGCGAGAGCGCUCUAA